AAUGUUUUUGUUUUGAUUUUUUAUCAGUCGCUAUCAAUUCAGUUUAUCGCAGUUUUCUGCUUAAUUCCGGCGUUUAAAAUCAUGUUUCGCUCAAUUCGGUAACGAGCUGUGCACAAUCAAACCAUGGCUAUUCCAUCGAACGCCUUCUGCAGCUCGUUCGUGUUCAUCUAUGACCUACCACCGUUGAACCGGAAACAGCUGGAAGAUCAGCUGGACCAGGACGGCAAAUGGGUCCGGUUGGCGCUGCUCAUGGGCUACAGCACCGACGAUGUUGAGGACAUCCGACGACAAAGCUCGGAAGCAAAGGCUUCGCCCUCAAGCUUUUUGUUAACCAGGUGGGGCAACCUAAACCACAAAAUAACGGCACUGUUUGUGCUGCUUUCAAAAGGGACAUUCUUCUCGGAAAUGGAAACCAUAAAAAUGUACGUCGAGUCCAAGUAUCACGUGCUGAUCAAAAAAGAUCAGCAAUCGGCUGCUCAAGCUAUUAAAAUUAUGAACGGACCACCGGCUCCAACAAGUCCUCCAGCCGUAGCGGAAGGGACCACCGAUAAUAACGAAACGCCGGCGCGACCGGUGAAGAUUCCACCACCUCUUCCGGUGGCCCCGCCUCCUGUGGUUGUCGCUGCGGCUCCACAGAUUGGUGUCGGAGCCGUGGGUGGAAUAGCGGCCGUCGCCAGUGGGCUACCUCACUUCAGCUACGAAGAUCUGAAAGCCGCAACGGACAAUUGGAACGCGGCCAAUGAACUUGGCCGCGGGGGAUUUGGAGUCGUUUACAAGGGAUACUUUAAGCAAACCUGGAUGGCCAUCAAGAAGAUUAAGGGCAUCAAUACCGAGUCCGCGAGAACGGAAUUGAGGCAAAGUUUCAACGAGCUCAAGUAUCUGAAUGCCUGUCGGCACGAGAAUGUGGUCCCUCUUUUUGGGUGCAGCACGGAUGUUGCCACAGAACCAUGUCUGGUGUAUCAGUUUAUGCCCGGAGGUUCUCUAGAUAAUCGAUUGUUUCCAAAAAGUGCAAAUUUUACACCACUCAGUUUAGCAGAUCGUGUCAGGAUCGCAAAAGGCACGGCCAGGGGCCUCCAGUAUUUGCACACCUUCGCCCAGAAACCAAUCAUCCAUGGGGACAUCAAGCCGGGCAACAUUCUGCUGGAUGGCUGCAACGAGCCGAAAAUUGGAGAUUUUGGCCUCACGCGUGAGCUCGCUGUUAGCGAUUCGAGCAUGAAGGUGUCCCGCGUCUAUGGAACGCGGCCAUACAUUCCCAAGGAGCUGUACAGUCAGCGGCAGCUGAGCACCAAGGUAGACACAUUCAGCUUCGGACUGGUGCUGUACGAAAUCGUAACCGGGAUGCGGGUGUACGACGAGAAGCGACCGAUCAAACAUCUGAAGGACUACAUCAUGCAGGCCAAGAGCGAUGGGUUGGAUUUGCGCCGGUUGAUAGAUCGAUCGCUGCCACUCGACGACAAUGCUCUGAAGAUUAUCGUUGCUUUGAUGAGAGUUGGCUUCCGGUGUGCCGCCGAUGAUGCGGAACAGCGGCUUGAAAUGGUGGAAGCCUACAUGUACCUUUCGGUGCUUUAGGAAAGCGUAAUCGAGGUAUGUACACAGAAUUUGAGAUGUUUCAGUUUUAUUUGGCCAUUUUGCCUUACGGUUAGGUUUUAAAGAUGCUCACAGAGAAAUAUAUUUUGAUAUUUUUAAA